AUGUCCGAAACAGUCACGCUUACCAAGGCUGAGAAGCCGAUAAGCUAUGAUAUCAAUAUUCCUUACGUCACAGUCUCUCCUGACCUGGAAGGCAAUGUCAAAUACCCCAAAUAUUUGCCUAGCUGGGACAAAGUGUGGUUCGACCCGCUGCGUCCGUUUGACUAUGAGGACCCCGCCCUGCGCGUGCAGGACAAGUCCAAGCCAAAUUUGCUGGUGUCCGGGACCAAGGUGACGGACAUCCAGCCCUGUAUGGGCAGCAUUGUCGAAGGUGUGCAAUUGAACAAUCUGUCCGAUGCCGCCAAAGAUGAGCUCGCCCUCCUCAUUGCCGAGCGCAAAGUGGUUGCGUUUCCAGAACAGGACUUGAUCGAUGCCGGGCCUGAAGAGCAGUACAAUUUUAUGCGCCACUUCGGCAAACCGAACUACCAGCCCAUCUCAGGGUCCAUGAAGGACUACCCUGGCUUCCACAUCAUCCACCGUGACGGCAAUGCGGAUGAGAUCAACCGAUUUUUGGAACAGCGAACCACGACCACGCUGUGGCACCAGGAUGUCAGCUAUGAGAUCCAGCCGCCGGCCUAUGUCUUGCUGGGUCUACUGCAGGGACCCGAUGUUGGUGGAGACACGGUCUUUGCCGCGACAGACGCCGCAUACAAGCGCCUAUCCCCCACGUUCCAAUCGUUUAUCGAUGGACUCCAGGCCGUUCAUUCGUCGUCCAGGAUGAUCAACCAUGCCCGAAUGACGGGUGGAUUGGUGCGCAAAGACCCGGUCGAGACGGUGCAUCCGCUUGUGCGCGUGCACCCCGUGACGGGCGAGAAAUGCCUGUUCAUCAAUGGCGAGUUCAUCACGAAGAUCCAGGGCCUGAAGGAGCCCGAGUUCCGAGUGCUGCAGGAUUUCCUCAUGCAGCACAUGAUCACCGGCCAUGAUUUUCAGGCUCGUGUUCGGUGGCAGCCGCGCACGAUUGUCAUGUUUGACAAUCGCUCGACGAUGCACUCUGCUGUUGUCGACUAUCUUGACGACGAAAACGGUGCCAAACCCCGGCACAUUUUCCGACUUUGUGCUCUCGGCGAGAAGCCUGUUCCAGUGGGCUCCGAGGCCAAAAAGUGA